UCAUGAUAUUACCAUUAUUAAUACUCAGUAUAAAAGGUAUUUAUGGUAGUGAUGACUAUGAUUACACACAAAAUGGUAAAGAUUGGCCUAAUAUUCAUGAAUAUUGCUUUGGUAAAUAAUUACAGUCUCCAAUCAACCUAGAUAAUAAUUAUACUAAUACCAAUGUAGAAUAAUAUAUAAUCAUAAAAUUAGGAAGAUGAUAUCUAUUUCUUUCCAAAAUACAAACCUACUAAAGUUAGAAUUACAAAAAACUAAACUUCUCAUAGAAUAAUACCAGCUAAUGAUUCAGAUAACUUUGGCCCUUUAUACACAGUUAAUUCUUGGUCUGAAAGUGUUGCAUAUGGUGGAAAAAUAAUAUUCUUUAGAAGUGAAGCUGAACAUAAAUUUAAUGGAGUUUAAUAUAAUUUAGAAGUCUAAAUUUAACAUACUAUGCUCUUUGCAACAAUUUCAAAUAGAUCAACAGUUUCUGUAUUUUUUAUUCAAGAUGACACUGCCCAAAAACAUCCUUUCUUAUAAUCAGUAUUAAUCAAUAAUAUUUAUUUAAGGUUAUUGAUAAUUAUUAAAGAGAAGAAUUCAUCUUAGAUUUAAGUCAAUUGAUUACCUCAGCAUUUUCUAUCUAACCAUAUUAUUUAUAUGCAGGUUCUUUUACUUAUCCAGAUUGUACAGAAAGAAAUUCUUGGUACAUUUUUGAAAGACCAUUCAAAGCUCCAAAUUCUUAACUUUAAUUCUUCUAUAAUCUAUAUCAUAAUACUGAUAUAUUUCCAAAUGGCAACUAUAGAUUUAGUAUCAUAUUAUUAUUAUCUCUUAUAGUUUAAGAUAGAAAAACUUCAGCUAAGAAAGUCAAAUUAUAUUAUAGAAAAGAUCCUUAUGCUAAUUAAUAAGAUGAUUUAUGA